AUUGUGCAUGACGUGUGAUUCGUCAUGGAUAGAAAACUACUUCAACAGAGGAAAUUUUUGUUUUGGCAUGUUUGGUGCUUGGCCUUGGCGACAUUCUAUUGUGGAGAGGUGAUUUCGACAUCAUUGGUCUCCAAUGAUUGCCAGUACGCCAAGGAUUACGAGUUUUGUAUGACCUACCAUGAGCGUCUAAGCGUGGAACAUCCCACGAUUGAGAUCGAAAUUGGACACUGUGUUUGAAAAUAAUAAUACUAGCAAAGUGCAAAUCCGUCAGCAAAAAUGCCAGAAACAACCUCUCACUCUGGAGACGAGUCUGCAUCUCCGUCUAUUCCUCGCAGCAGCAGCAACAAAACCCUGGAGGCGCAGGAGAACCGCUCUCGCCGAUCGUCCUCAAAGCUCUCCGAGCACGGUGAGCUGAGUGCUGAGCAGAGUGGAGACAUCAGAAAUCUGGUCACUGGCGCUGGCAGCACGAGUCCAGUGGCGAGCGGUGACAAGGCGGAGAACGUGGCUAGUGCUAGCAGCAGUGCUAUUAUCACCACCACCAGCGGCAGCAGCAUGGUGGCGACACAGGGUGCCUCAACCGUCCAGCACUCCACCCAGCUGGCACACGACGCAGAGCCAGUGACGGCAGCAGCGAUAAGCCACACAGCAAACAGCUGUGGCGGUGCACAACCUGGGCCACUGCUGCCGUCACCGCCGAAUCAGAAUCAGCUGGGCGUGCGCAACACCAAGGGCGGCUUUCUGCAGCGCAUCAAGAAGCAGCGCUCGUCGGGCAGCAAGGAUUCCGACGGCAGCAGUCCGGGCACGAAUCGCCGGCCUAACCCGUCGUGGCGCGCCAAGUGGCACUCGUCCAACUACAACUCGCGCAACGAUGAGUUUCACAAGCUGUUCCGCGAGUUCACGGCGCCGGACGAGGUCCUCAUAGACGACUUUGCGUGCGCCCUGCAAAAGGAGAUACUCAUGCAGGGCCGGCUGUACCUUUCGCGCGAGCACCUUUGCUUCCACUCGAGCAUCUUCGGCUUCGAGACGAACAUCGUGGUGCGCUGGGACAACGUGCAGGCGGUGACGAGGGAGAAGACCGCCAUGCUCUUCCCAAACGCAUUGCAGGUCACCGUGCGCACGCCGAGCACCAACGGCGAGCACGUGCUUCAACAACAACAACAACAACAACAGCAGCAGCAACCGUCGCCACAGCAGCCACAGCAGCCGCAGCAGUUUGAGGUCAAGCAGUACUUCUUCUCGUCGUUUGUGCGCCGUGAGCUGACGCACGCCAUCGUGAUGAAGAUCUGGCAGAACAAGCUGCUGGACGGGCCCGAGACGUCGGCGGACCUGCGGCGCUUUGUCUGCGAUCGCUACGGCAUCGACGCGACCGUGUCGGACGAGGACGAGGAGGACGACGCCGACGACGAGUCAGAGGUGCUGAAGAGCGGUGCCGAGGAGGACACGCGGGCACACGACGGCGACGUCAGCGAGGUGGCGUCCGACGUGGACAGUCUGUCGGACCGUGACGACGGCGAUAAGGACGACCAUCGGAACGCACCUGCCGCCGCCACCGAUGACGCCGCAGCCGACGACGAAGCCGCAGCUGACGACGAAGAGGACGCGGAGGGCGAAGAAGAGCCGGUGGAGUGCCAGUGCGCGGAGCACGCGAACCUGGAGCUUAUCGACGAGGUGUUCGACGCGCCUGCCGCGCGCCUGUUCGACAUGUUCUUCGCCGACGGCACGGAGCCGUCGCUGUUCAUGCAGUCCUGCAUCGAGUGGCGCCAACUGGUGGACUUCUCGCAGCAGCCGUGGCGAGCGGUCGGCGACGACGGUGCGACGGUCGACGGAGGCGGCGCGGCGGAGAGAGAGCGCACGGUCACGUUUGUCAUGCCGAUGGAGGUGAAGAUCGGGCCGAAGACGUCCGCCGUCACCGAGCACCAGGUGCAGCGGCGUGCGGUCGCCGACCGAGAGUAUCGCGUCGACGUGGACGUCAGCAACGGCGGCAUUCCGUACGCCGACACGUUUGGCGUCCGCCUCAGCUACUGCCUGACGCGCGUCUCGGCACACCGCUGUCGAUUCCGUAUCCACGGCGGCGUCUACUAUAAGAAAUCCUGCUUCGGAUUUGUCAAGACGCUCAUCGAGAAGUCGGCCGUCGACGGCAUGAAAGCGCAUCACGCUCGCCUGCUGAGCUCUAUUCACGAGGCCACUCAAAAGCUGCGGUCACCCCCCGUGUCCACUAAGCGCGCCGGCUCGCCUCUCGCCUUGCAGUCGCCGGCGGCUCGCACGCACUCGCGUCGCCCGUCGCUGGGGCAGGCGAAGAGCUCGUCGCGUCACCAGCGCAGCAUCAGCAAUGCCAGCGCUGGCAAGAGCGCCACCGCCGCGACGACGGGACCGACUGUCGGCAAGACUAUGCCAACGACUGCGUCCGCGUCGUCAUCGACGCCAUCGUCGUCGUCGUCGUUGUUGUGUUCACCGGUGAUCAUGAACACCGUCAUCGUGCUGCUGCUGUUCGUCAACCUGUUCUUCCUCGUCUGCCUGUACUGGGACAAGCCGAGCUCCCAGGCGUCGGCGGGGGCGACACUCGGCGCGGCGUGCGCGUACGGUGACGGGUCGUGCCGCGCGGCCACGCUCAACAAGCUCGCCGCCACUCUGGACACGGCCGCUCUGGACACGCCGGACAAGUGGCGAGUGCUGCUGGACAUGCAGCAUCGCAGCCACCAGGCGGAGCUGGAGCGGCUGCGAGGCGUGAUGGCAACGUCAUCUCAACUCCUUGGUGAUGUUGUCGCCGCUCUCGACGUGCACAUCGAUCAGGCCCUGCUGGCUAUCAAGUCAACCACGAUGAGCGGAAAGAGCGCCGGUGAUCCCGGCGUGAUGAAGCCAGCGCCUUUGUCAUGUGACGCCGGCGUGGACUGUGCUAGUAGUGGUGAAUCGCCGCUCAAGGACACCAUGCAAGCUGUGCAGCGCCUCCAGGAGCAGCUGAAAGGCAAGCAGUGACGCGGAAACGUUGAGCCGCUUGAGCCCCUCUCUCUCUCUCUCUCUCUCUCUCUCUCUCUCUCUCUCUCUCUCUCUCUCUCUCUCUCUCUCUCUCUUUCUCUCUCGCUUUCUCUCUCUCUCUCUCUUUCUCUCUGUCUCUCUCUCGAGGUUUAGUUUUAGUUGGUCUGCAGUUCAUGACUUCGUUAUCUCAGACAUUGUUUCUGGCUUUCUCCGUUUCCGAAAAAAAGAGUCCUACUUCUAGAGUAUUUUUUCUACACUAUCCCUGUAGGUGUUAUGUAGCUUGUUUGUCUUUUCAGAACUGUAGGAGGUUGAGCUUCACGCCAGACUCACCCUCUACACCUCCGUGCGUGAUUCUCACACUGACAAUUCGUCGCUCCGCUUUUUCCAUGUCCACUCCGCGUAGUUUUAUUUUUUUUGUUCUUUACAGUCAAGGUAUUCCGCCGUAACCCGUCAUAUCACCACGUUUCAGCUCUUCUGCCAUAAGUCUGCCGCUUUAAUAAAGACUUCCUCCAUGAAAGCUUCCCUCGCGAUUCUGCACUUUAUGGGAAGCCCAUUUUUUCAUACCAGAUUUUCAUACCGCCAUAUAUGUAUUUUUUCCUCUCCCAUCGCCCCGUGGGGCUAACACUCACCGGUCGCCUAACCGGCGUCGGCGUCACCUUUUUCGUUCUGCUUGUGAUCCGUACCAGAAGCUGUUCUGUUUUUUGUUUUGUUUUUUUUUGUCUUUUCUCCUCUGAACUCACUUUCUCUUCCGUCUUGUUCUCCGGUAUAUGCUUGUAUACCUUGUAGUACGAAUGUUUUUUUUGGUUUUUUGUUGCUGCUUAUUUUCGUUCAUCUCCUUGUUCCCUUGUCUGUGUAGUUCCUAUGUACUAGGAGCACUGUCUUGUUAGUUAACUUAGGGAUGUUUGUGGUGCUUAGAUCGUCCUCUCUCAUUAGGUUGUGUCUGGUAUUUGA